AUGGCUCCAACGCACGUACAUUUAUUGUUGAACCAGUUGCCCAGUUAUUUCGAUGGUUCGGUGUCUAUCGACCAUAUAGAUCGUCUGUGCGAAGAGCGUGAAAACGGCAGCACUACAACCCCGGCAAAUAGCGACAACAGUGACGAAAGCGAUGCUGAGCACGCCGGUGAAUCUAGCGUUCCAAGAAAGAUAGCCAAGGAUCUCCGAAGCCUUCCGAUGGUUAAACGAGCGAUACGUGAUUCGGAGUUGCUGGAUUUAAUGCGGGACAUGAUUCGAGAGGUGGAAAACAUUCGCAACACCGCUGGCCUAUACGAUCAGUACGAUAAUUGGCAAUAUUUGUCGAAAAAAAUGAAUAUUGACCAUUUUCUUUCCUUUAUUUACGCAUUGAUUUGUCUCGCUGAGCUCUACCCAACGGAAACGACCCAUCGAAACCUUGCCAUUUGCUCGGCAAGAUUGUACAUCGUUUCAUUGAGCACUCCGGGACAGAAACAAACGACAGUGUUCAAUGAACAGGUGUUUGCGAAAGGCUUAGAUGUUUUCAAGCUUAUCGAUCGGCUUCCGGCGGAUGCAUCGCAAGGACGAAUGAAAAGUACCAACCAAGUUAGCCGCCUGCUGCUGGAUUACAUAUCCAUGCUGGAGGAUUUGCAACUCUUGCUCCGAUGCAUGACGUUAAAAAACUGUGUAUCGUCAAAAAUUCAAUUGAUUGAAACGUUUAAAAACCUGCUCAUUUACUGCAUAAAGCAUGCACAUGGUCGACCAGAAGCGGAACAAAUGGCGGAGAACAUAUUCAAAACGCUUAGCAUAAUUUGUUUGCCGGAGCAUGACGAUCACAACCAAUGUUCGACGACCAUACGCAUGAUUCUAAACAAGACGGCCGUAUUCUACAGUUCGGAGUACAAAAACGUUUCGUCCGCUUUUCGGGUGCAUAAUGUUUUCCUGCGAUUGCUCGAACAAAAUCCUCCCGAUACAUGUGAAGUGUUAUCAAGUUUCAUCAAAGCUGUACUUACGAACCCGCCGAAAGUUUUCGCUCGUCCGGAUGACUAUGCGAUACUGCUAGAUGCAGCCGUACGCUACGAGCUAGUUAUGUAUAGAAAAUGUAACGUUUCCAUCGUCGAUUACCUUAAGCAGAUAGAAACACAUGCAGAGACUAGUGCACGUAUUAAUAUCGUUGAAAUGAUAGCCAGGUUAGCAGUGGUUGACUGUAGCGUCGAUUGGGAACUGUUUCAGUCGGAGAUAUCGAACGUACCGCGGGAAAUUGAGCUUAUUAAAUUGCUACACAACAAGCUGAUGGAAAAGUCCAACACGGUCAAGCUAAAGGCAUUCCAAUGCUUGCUGAAAAUUCUCCAGAACGGUAACAAAACUAUGAAGCAAAUAUUUCGGGAUGCUUUCUACUCCGCCAACGCAGAUGAAGAUGAAAAAAACUACCUUCAGAUGAACGACUUCGAGGAGCUUUUCCAAACAGCCGAGCUGGAGCUAGGUAUUUCCAGAAACUUUCUUAAUUUUGGUCAUCAACCAUCAUCUUCAGGUGCUAACGAAUCAUCUAGGGAUAAAAGCUUAGCGGGUGUAAGCGAAUCCCUCUCCAUUCAAAAGCUAACGUCCGAUGUGCCAGGCAUAAACAUGAUUGAAGACAUUUUAACAUCCCUGCCGAAUGCAAUAUAUGACGCCAUGCAGUCACCAAUGUCCGCCAUAAGACGUGUUGCUCUGUCCUGUUUGGAGUGUAUUGUGGAGUUGAGCCGGAAUCGCAUCGAUGAACCAAUAUUUGAUCACAUCGUUACGAAGCUAGCAAAAGAUCCUGUUAUGUUAAUGCGUCGUACCACGCUGAACGUGCUCAACAAACUGAUCGCACUGUAUCCAAACUAUUUGCCACUGAUAAAGCUAUGGUCGAAAUGUUUGCUCUUUUUCCUCGACGAUGUCGACCAAAAGUUGAAGGAAUCGGCAAUGGAGAGCCUUAAAACCAACGUGUUCGACAAUAUUUGUCGGUAUGAAGAUUCCUCGUCCAGGAAAGUAUUCACCCCGUGGAUGAUCGUUCGAUCCAUACUGGUGAUAGGAAAAAUAAAUGUUCUCAAAUCAGCUGUCGAUUCUUGGAUACAGAAAUCUAUUCUGACGGCCAAAAACCUUAGCAUCAUUGAGUCCCACAUCUUUACGGUGAACUGUAGUGAAGCAUGGAUUAUUCUUGCGAUUAUAGCAAAUAAAAUGAAAUCCAAAAACCCUGAUCUUGUCAUCAAGACUAUGAACGAUAUUCUGCAACAAGAUACGUACAACUCACCAAUCUGUUUACAGUACAUCCUGUCCGUAAUAAAAUCCUGGUUAUCUGACUUUACGCGCCCUGGAUUAAAUCAGUUGUUUAAAAUUCUGAGCGAUUUAUUACGUACCGGCAGCACAAACAUUUCGCUUGUUGGUGACAUAUACAGUCUGUGCUGUAUGAUAAAGGAAAAGGCCGAUGGUGCCGUACAUGACACGUGGAUCACAGGGAUACGUGAUAGCAGUGCGGAAUAUUUGUUACACUUUCAUUCCCAUUAUACCAGUGCCCACGUGUCCAAUGAGCGUUAUUUGAUUAGCCUGCUCGUUUACGCUGAGGCAGCGACCGAUUUGAAUGUUAGGCCUGAUAGUAAUAUACUAAGUAUACUACUAAACUAUUUAGCUCGUAUUGCAGCUGAUGAAAAAGUUUUAUUAGUACAAACCAGUCAAACGCGUAAAAUUAAUGUAACGAUAAUAGUGCUGGCAAGGUUUGGGUUACGCGAUGGAUCGUUGGCGUCGACGGUAAUUGCUGACUUUAACAAAAUUUUAAAGUUCAAAAACAUCCACCAUAGUAUUUUAUGCACGCUCAUAACAGCUUUUGCUGAUCUGUGCAAAAGGCAUACAUCUUUGGUAGAUUCAUCCAUUACCACCGUAAUCGGACAGCUCAGUUCGCGCUACUUAGCCGUACGGAGUGUUGCGCUGAGCAACCUAAAUGAGCUGAUCUUGCAAGAUUACGUCAAGAUGCGCGGCGUCGUACUAUUGAACAUCCUAAAGUUAAUCAUCGACGAGGACGACCACAUUGCGGCCCAGGCAUUCUAUGUCAUACAACUUUACGUCAACUCAAAGAAUGAGAAGUUAUUAAAAGUAUCGUUUUUGGAAUGCGUUUACGUUUUCAAUAACUAUUUGAAAUAUGCAGCAAGCGACAUGUUUCCCGCCUCGGAUCUUGACAAUGAGGAUUGUGAUUUGGCCGGCAGUGAUGAAAGAUCGCAGCAGAUGCGUUGUGCUAUUUAUGAUUUCUUCGUGCACAAUAUUGACGACAUGAGUUUAUUGAAACUGUUGAAGAACGUGAACAAAAUCCACCAACAGCUAUCGAAAGGAACAUACAUCGAGUGUGCCCAGGGUGUUGGUACGCUCAUCGACUUAAUAUACGUAUUUAAAUGUAUGUGCGGUGUAAGAAACCGUGAUAAGGCCAAACUGUCGAAGGGUGCAGGAACAACGGAAGACGAAACGCACACAACUAAUUCAGACGGCAACGAAGGACCCUCAGCGAAAAAAUCCCGCUUAAAAGCAGCACAAACACAGCACGAGACUGAAGUGACAACGAUUGCGGAAAAAAUGAUCGCAGUGUACUGUUUGUUCCAGCAGGAAGUUAGAAAAUAUGUACAAAAGAUCGCACCUACCCAAAUGCAUCUGGUUGAUAAACGGUUGGAAGAACUGUCCUUAGCGAUUGCAGGUAACUUUCGUACGCUUGUAGAAUUUGCAAAACCGAUGAAUUUUUGGCGAUCCUUACUGAAAGUAAUCGACAGUACAACAGAUAGCAAGCGAAAGCGAAGCAAACAAUCGACAGGUAAAAACAAAUCGGACGAUGAAAGUGCAUGUGAAAGCGAUGAUGAGGAGGAAAGCGCGGAUGAUUUGUUAGAUUUAGAGGCGGUAUAA